CACUUCACAAAAAAUGGACGACUGGGUAGAGGAGGAUGCCAGUACCACAUUUGCCAGCAAUAUAUCAAAUAUUGAUGACCGAGGCAGCUCUUGGAACAAUGGAGGUGGAGACUUUGGAAGAGGUGGUAGCAGAGGCAGGGGAGGGUCCAAGAGUUCAUUCUCUUUUGGGACUGAUAAAAAUGAGAAUGAUGUUGAUGGGGGCAGCUUUGGGAACAGAGGCGGUGGGAGGGGAGGCUUCGGUGGAAGAGGAGGCAGGGGAGGUGGCAGAGGGUCAAGGGGAGGUGGUGGAUUCAGUAACGGCAGUGAAGAUGGUGGAAGAGGGGACUUUGGCAGUGGGGGAGGUUACCGUGGAAGAGAUGAAGAAGUAUUUUCUAAAGCCAGGGAUGGUGAAGGGGGAGGAGAUAUGGAAAAUGCAGGUCCACCAAAGGUGACCUACGUACCUCCAGCCCUCUCUGAAGAGGAGGACUCCAUUUUUGCCCAUUACGAGUCGGGUAUCAACUUUGACAAGUACGACAACAUCCUAGUGGAUGUUAGUGGCAGCAAUCCCCCAAAGGCCAUCAUGACAUUUCAAGAGGCAGCCUUGUGCGACACCUUGAACAGAAAUGUCAGCAAGUCUGGCUAUGUGAAGCCCACUCCGGUACAAAAGCAUGGUAUCCCUAUUAUUGCUGCAGGGAGGGAUCUGAUGGCUUGUGCCCAGACAGGUUCAGGAAAAACGGCUGCUUUCUUGCUGCCAAUCCUGCAGAAGCUGAUGGCGGAUGGCGUGGCCGCGAGUCAGUUCAGUGAGUUACAGGAGCCUGAGGCCAUCAUAGUGGCCCCUACCCGGGAGCUGAUCAACCAGAUCUAUAUGGAGGCCAGGAAAUUUGCCCAUGGGACUUGUGUGCGUCCAGUGGUGGUUUACGGUGGCAUAAGCACCGGUUACACGAUCAGAGAGGUGAUGAAGGGCUGCAACGUGUUGUGUGGGACUCCAGGAAGACUGCUGGACAUUAUUGGUAGAGGAAAGGUUGGCCUCAGCAAGUUGAAAUACCUGGUGCUGGAUGAGGCAGACAGAAUGUUGGACAUGGGGUUUGAGCCAGACAUGAGGAAGCUGGUGGGCUCCCCUGGCAUGCCCCCCAAAGAGCAGCGGCAGACCCUUCUGUUCAGUGCCACCUAUCCUGAGGACAUCCAGAGAUUGGCUGCUGACUUCCUGAAGACUGACUACCUGUUUCUGGCGGUGGGCGUGGUGGGUGGAGCCUGUAGUGACGUGGAGCAAGUGGUUGUCCAGGUGGACAAGUUCUCCAAGAGACAGCAACUGUUGGAUGUCCUCAAGACUACAGGUACUGAUCGCACAAUGGUGUUCGUGGAAACCAAGAGACAGGCUGACUUCAUUGCAACCUUCCUCUGUCAGGAGAACGUUUCUACUACAAGCAUUCAUGGUGAUCGUGAGCAGAGGGAGCGAGAGCAGGCACUCAGUGACUUCCGCACAGGCAAAUGUCCUGUACUGGUGGCCACCUCCGUAGCUGCCCGCGGCCUGGACAUCGAUCAUGUCCAGCAUGUUGUGAACUUUGACCUCCCCAACAAUAUAGAUGAGUACGUCCACCGCAUUGGUAGAACGGGCCGUUGUGGAAAUACCGGGCGAGCAGUGUCUUUUUUCGACCCGCAAAACGACGUCCAGCUGGCCCGUUCUAUGGUCAAAGUACUCUCUGGGGCCCAGCAGGAGGUGCCCUCGUGGCUUGAAGAACUGGCCUUUAGUGCCCAUGGAACCUCAGGGUUCAAUCCCAGAGGAAGCACCUUUGCCUCUACUGAUAGUAGGAAGGGGGGUUCUUUCCAGAGUGAGGCCUCAAGCCAGCCUGCAGCCCAAACCACAGGUGGUGACGAUGAUGACUGGGAGUAAAGCUCAAGCUGUUUUUUGUGUUGAUUUUCAAGACUGCUUUUGUUCAGUGUUACUUUUACCUUUUUCAUAUUGUUUGAACAUAAUUUUGUCUUAAUCAGAAAUUGUUAAUUGCUUGAGCCUGGUCUGAGAUGAAUCUUAUUGAUUAAUGUGAUGGGCAUUUGAAUUGUGAUUUAAGCUUUCUUCUAUAAUUUUACCUCAAAUCUGUGUAGAUCUAGCCGAGUGUGUUUUCAUUGUAGACAUAUGGU